CGUAGACCAGCCCAAUAAAGACGGAUCCCAGAAAUCACAACUGCUGAUUCUAGGCCCUUCCUCAUAUGUGGCACAAUGGCAACGCUGCCCCGCCCAUCAUGUUUCUUAUGUGCCCACCAGAAGACGCCACUACAUCGAGAUCUAGUCUGCGGGAACUGUGUUCAUAAGAGCAUUGAGAUCAUCCGAAACUCGGUCAUUGAAAAUGAGCAGUGGAACUCCCAAAUGCGUGCGCAAAUCAACUGUAUAUUCGAUGUUUGUGAGCGUAUGAAAGACACGGACGGCCACGAUUUCAAGACCCUAACUGCGACUCCCCAAGUAUCCCCUGACGCCAGCAAAGACGGAAAAGCUUCGGAGAUUCCACGGCCACGACGCAAUGUGGUGCUCCAACUAGCACUCAACCUACAGAAACUCGAUAUUGCGCACAGGCGAAUGAAGAACAAAAGUCUUGAAAAGUCGUGUGAGUCUCUAGCUAGAAAAAACGAAGCUCUAGCCAAGAAAACCGAAGCCUUGGCCUCGAAAAUCGAGAGCGAUCGCUGCCGUAUUCAAGCCGCCGAGAACAAAAUGCUGGGGGACUACAGCCGAAAGCGCGAGAGCUUGGACAGGGAACUCAUUUCGAUCCAAUUUGAGCGCAUGAGGCGAGUCUCUCGUCAGGCCACGCUCAGGCAGUAUUCCAGCUAUAAAGUGUUCCGGGAAUGCAUGUUCUCAAGCCAUGUCAAAGCCACAGAAUCGGGUCUGGUGCUUGAGUUUUGCGACAGGCCCGUGCUUCCAUUAUCCCAGCUACUAGAAACACUGAUCGUAGCGCUCAACACCUUUCUAGAAGACAUGAUUCGGCUCCAGAUCCUUUUGUUUGACCUUUUCAAAGCAGAUUUUGAUGCUUUGGAGCUACCAUACCUCGAGAGCUUAAAAAGACUUCUUCCCGACCGGAAAUUCUACGAUUCUGUUCAGUCCAAAAUCCACAGCAUUCUACGGGACCCGGGGGAAGGAGCUCACAUGGCUGGUAUUGCCGAAGAAGAGUCUGCGUGUGAAAGAGAGCCAGUAUUUGAGGACCGGCCUUCGGAAAUGUCUUCAAGAGAUCAAGAGAAAAUCACAAUCAAAGAUAAGAUUAUCCAUGUGCCCAAAUCGUUCCGUACGAUGAACCUUCAACGCCGAUCCAGUGUCAAGGAAGCUGAGGCAUCCGAUGAAACCCUGUCCGCAGGAUCUGGCCAGACUUUUCAGAAAGGAGAUAAAAGCAUGUUUGUCAUGGUCGGAGAAAAGAACAAGACAGAUGCACAUGACCCAUCUUCCCAAAGCAUCGUAAAUCCACCACGUGUGAAUAAUGCGCUACUCGAGCAAGAGACUGCGUUGCACAACGGCUUUCGAAAGGAUGGAAAUUGUAGAACAGACUUACAUGGAAAAAAAAUCGUCAUUGUUCCGCACCGCAUCCUCACCAAACCGUUCGUGAAGCUAAGACCAAACGAGUAUCUACGGUUCGUCUUUGUUGUCGUCAAAAUAUUGAUCACUUUCAAUGAACUUCUUCGAAGCAUUCUUGGACCUGGCUUUUUGAGCAGCUUCAAAGAAACACAGCUGUGUUUUGUUGGAGGCAAUCUGCGGACUAAACUUGACGACGAAAAGGCCGCAAAGGGUAGAUUUUUGUACGAUUUCAAAGAAAUCUUGCUGAUAGUGGCAAGUUUGGAUCCAUACUUUCAGCAAAAGCUAAAAGCACGACAUCAGAAUACCUCGUCCCAAAAUGCGACUGACAUGAGCAAUAGCAUUGACGCCUCUCAGGAAACAAGUCUUAACGAAGAACAACGCUCAAUGCGGGAAUCCUGGGCUAGUGAUAGCGGGACUUCCUUGGUAAAAUUCGAGAAUACACCCUCCAAGAAAUUAUCAAGGCUCUAUACAAGAUUCUGGUCGAAAGGACGGGACCCCACCCCAGCCACCACGCCAUCUUCAGUUUCAGACAACGUGAUUUACGGCAUGGUAAGCGAGACUAAUACAGAAAGAGACGAGAUGAAAUUGACUUUUAAUGACGGCAACGGCACAGGGAAGAGACACUCAUCACUGCACUUAUCUGGAAGUGGAGCUACAAUUCCAGACUACGACAUCAAGGAAAUUCUGCGAAAUGUGUAUGAUCUAAUUUCAGGCAGAGCUGGUGGCCAGAGAAACCUGGCACGCAACCUGGCGCACCUCGAUCGAGUGGGCGCAAAUUCCAUAAUGCAGCAGUCGAGGGCACACCUCGAGGACUGGGACAUGGUUAGCAAGAUGUUUUAAUAUGAGUUGAGUUUUGACAUGUGCAACUCCCGGGUAAUUAUAUAUGAAUAUUAAGGUCAAGGCUUUUGGUGAAUUAAAACAAUACGUUAAAAAGUGG